GUGAAUAUCUUACUUUUCGUCACUCGUGUCAAAGUCAAGGGUCUCUGUCGUCACUUCGUCAAGUGUGUGACGUGGAAUUAAAUUAAAACAUAGUUAUUUUAAUUACGAAGAUUAUUAAUUAGCAGGACAAACACACAUCAACAAAUCCGUCAUGUUCAAUCCCACCGAUUCACAGAAAAUCGGCAUUGGUCUUGUCGCUUUUGGAGCGUGUUUUCUAUUCCUUGGGGUCCUCCUCGUAUUUGAUAAGGGACUUUUGGCGAUCGGAAAUAUCUUAUUCUUAUGCGGACUAGCCUUCCUAAUCGGGUUGGAAAGGACGUUUCGAUUUUUCUUUCAACGCCACAAGAUUAAAGGGAGUGCGGCCUUCUUUGGCGGAAUAUUCGUGGUCCUCAUAGGAUGGCCGAUAAUUGGCAUGGUGGUGGAAACGUAUGGAUUCUUCCUCCUCUUUUCUGGCUUCUUCCCAUACGCCAUAAACUUUCUGCGGAGAGUUCCCGUCAUAGGGACGCUCCUCAAUAUGCCAGGAAUCAGCAAGUACGUCGAUCGCUUAGCAGGAGACACAUCGAGAUCAAAUGUUUGAUGCGGGACAUCAUAUCAUCAUCAUCCAUGAUUAAUUUUUUGUAUAUCGUGUCAAUUUAAGUUAUAAUUGUUCUCUUUUUUACUCGUGUGUAUGUAAAUAUGUGAUGGACGAAAAAAGGGGAAAUUACAAGACAUUUGCUAUGUA